CUCUCGGUCGUUGUAUCGUAGACUACCAAGAUGGCGCCGCCCAUGUAUUGCACCACUUUACCUGCGGCAACAUAUUUGUCAUCCUUUAGUUGCAAAGAUGGCCUCAACAGAUGAAGACUGGGAUUAUUCUAGUGAAAGUGAGGACGAAAUGCCGAAGGACGGCAGGAAGGGGAGAAAGCGGCAGGGACUACUUCAAACGUCAGAUCUCAAACUGCAGGAUUUUGCAGAUUGUUCCAUGCCCCAGUCAUGUUCUCGGGUCAAGAAGUCUGUGGUCAGUGCAACAGCACCAGCUGCACUACCAAAGGCUUCAAGUGGACAAAAGUUUGUGGAAAAGGAGGAAGAGGAGCUGAACUGGUUUGAAAAAGAGCUGGAAGACUUUGUUAUUGAUGACCAAGCUCAAGGGGGAGAAGAGGAAGAGGAUGUAGCCAUUGCCAACAAGAAACCCGAAGGAAAGAAGAAGAAAGUCAAGAAAGAAGAAGACAAGACUGGAUAUGUCUACCCACUGGAUUUUUGGUACAUUUUGUCCUCCUACAUAGACCCGGAAGACAUUGGGCGGUUCUCGGGACUGUGCAAGGCUUCUCACUCAGUCACUCAGCUGGCUGGCUUCUGGAGGAAACUGUACCACAGAUAUUAUGCAGGUCGUGCAGAUCCUCUCCCAGAGUUCCUGAGGCCGUCGGCCAUGGAGAAACUCCACGGUUUGCGGGCUCGGGUGAUUCGCACAAUGUUCCGCAUCUAUCCUCCUCUGGCGGCCCGUGUGGCCAGCAAGGGUCCCAUGGAGGAUGAGCCACAUGAUCUCAAAGGUCACCGCUGUCUCCUGGCCUGGCACCAGCCGGCCACCAAAGGGUGGCAAUUUUGCUUCAAGUUCCAGAAACCUUCUCUACAGGCCCUCAGCAGUCGUCCAGUCAGCAAAGAGGAUGUUUAUAACGGUUAUGACGAUUUAUUUUAUCACCCGGACGAAGGAUGCUCUGUCCUACAAGUGACCUGCUGCCAUUUUUCCUCCGUUGCUUCCGUCAUGGGACUUUUACUUAAUCAGGUUUACGUCACCCUCAGCUCCGGCUUCCGCUACCACCGGCUGCGUCUGCACUUUGACUCCCGAGUCAACGCCUGCCACAACGCGCCGUCGGACGUGGUGGUUGUCCUGGACGAUGUGCUGGCUAUCAGAGUGAUGCAGUGGUGGCACCCCAACUACCCCUUCACUUCUUGACCUUAGGGAUUCGUGCUAUUUGAUCGUUUAUUGUUAUAUCCCCUUGUUGUUGGUUAAUUUAUUAUAUUCCUUUGUUUUCGUAUUCUUAAAUAGGUAUUGGAAUUUAAAUUCUUUUCAAAAUUUUUUGCUCUUUGGCGUAUCGACUGCUCCUUUUAAGACUCGGUUGUCAUCAGAACUACCCUUCUCCCUCCGAGACCUAACUUCGACAACACACUCUACGGAACAUUACAGCAACUGCAUCAAACCUGCACUUAUCACUACAUG